AAACCGAGUGAACAGUCGUCGAUCUCGGUAGUGCUACAGAGCCUUUUAGCUUGUCAUUUUAAUGAUAUUGAACAUUAAAUAUAUGGUUAAGUCUUGCUGUUCUCAUUCAUCUCUGUUCCAGCAACACCAGGAAGCUUUUUUAAAGGAGAAAAGCGAUUAUAAGCUAGCUGCUCAGCACCAAACAUCAGAAAGACAAAGUUAGCAAUUAGCUAGCAGACAUAUGUAAGCUAGAGGUUAGCUAGAAAGCCUAUCAUCAUUAUUAUUAUUAGCAGACAAGCACACGCUUAACAUUUUUGUAUCGUAGGAAUGUAAAUAAUAAAAGGCAAACUUAAUGUACAAGUUUUGGCAGAAGCAGCACUAGCAGAAUUGGUGUGGACACCGCGCUCGUGCGACCCGCAGCUGUUCAGUGGGGUAGCUAUCACGCGCUGGCUCGAGCGUCAGGCAGCAAUAUGUCAGGGAUUUGUUUCUGUUAGCAUGUGUUGGAGUUCUGUCAGCAAAUGGCUAAAAAGAUUUAUUGAUGCAGCUUUAAGUAUACUUUAACAUUACAUAACAGUUAUUGGAGACCUGUGUCCUCCAUUAUUCAGAACACUUCGUUACUAAAGGGCAAAUAUCACAGGUGCAAAUCAUGACAAAAUUCAAAGAACUUUCAUGGGAAUUUCUAUUUGAACCGUUCCUUUGUUUUACAAGAGGACAUACAUAUUCCAGCAUUCCAUAGUGAAUUGUGCCAACCAUGUGUUGCAUAAGGCCCACAAAAAUGUUCCUGGAAUCAUUAGUUGUUUUCUAGAAAUUGUAUUUGAGUUAUGGCUAGGCCUACACAAAACAAACAUUCCUGCCAGUGUCUUGAGUCUUGCUUGUUUGGAUGUUCUCCCGGUCUAGCAAGCAGUCAACUAAGGAUUGGUUGAGUAUCAGACUGUUCUUUUUUUGCUUUUCGUUUUUGUUUUUAAAGGGUUGCUUGUACUUGCAUCACAGUGAGAAUCAAAUGUGUACUGCUUUUCUGCUGCUGUAAAAGCAAAUGUGAUGUUUCAUUGCAUGAAAAACAUUGUCCUGCAAAGUAUCUUGUAUCUACAACUGUCAAAUCAAUGUAUGAGUGGAGUAAAAAGUUCAAAAAGUAAAUUAAAUAUUGUACACUUUGUAGAACCAAAACAAUAGAGUAUGAGUGUUGUAAACGUAAAAAUAAGGAUUGAGCUCGAACUCUGCAGGGUAUGCUAUACAGAGUCUGAAUGUGCACAAAUGUGUACAGAAAACUUUUAAAAACAUGGGCCAUUUGAGUGAGGUUUUCAAGCAUUUGUUGACUUUGGCUUCGAACCACCCCUCACCCAUUCCUUCCCAGCCCUCAGAUAACACAUACAGUAUUACACACGCACACGCACGCACACGCACACGCACACACACUAACAUUCAUUUGCCUCCCACCCGUAUUUUCAGUGUGUUCCUUUAACAAACAUUUCCUUUUUUUCCCUCUCCCUUAUCUCCCAAGUGUAUACGCAUUCUUUUCUUCUCGGGUUGUAUGACUCGAGCCAAAGCAUUUUGUAUAACAAAUGUUUUUCACCACUUUGGGCAGGGGCCCAAUAUCUUUUCCUAGAAAAUGAUAUGUUUUAUUUGUUUCUGUUUAUAAUAAAGAAAACACGUUUUUCUAAGAAACUGCCUUAUUGUGAUAUUUUACACAGAAAACUUGUCUCAAGUCCUUUACUUUUUCUGGACAGCAUCAACAGUUAACAUGAUCCAUGUCAACGUAGAGAUGUGGGUGCAAACCAAAAGUUACGAUAAGAUAGACGCUUCUUUUGAAACGCAAAGGCUUAUCUCAUAUUCUCUUGAAGACCAUCUGUCCAAUGCACACUUACAGUAAAUGCACACACAUAGACACACAUAUGUACACACUAACGCCGCUCUGAGUUGUGUUCAUUUACGAUGUUUGGGUGGAAACUGGGGCCGCCCAACCACUGAGGACGGGGGACAACAUCUGUCCGCCAUCUUUGUCAGUGCUGCCAAGUAUUAUGGAAACGCGUGCAGGAGUAGUUUACGAUGACUCUCAAUGUGCCGGGUCUGGUGGUGAUGGCAGGAUUCUACCUGCUGAUCUUGGGUACAGGCAUCUGGGCCUCCUUUCGCUCCAAGAAGCAGGAAAAUAAGUGCACAGGAGAUGGCUUGGAGAUAACGCUACUGGCUGGGCGCAACAUCAACUUGCUUGUUGGCAUCUUCACUCUCACUGCUACAUGGGUGGGUGGAGGCUUCAUCCUCGGUAUAGCUGAGGCGGCAUACAACCCCACACUAGGCGCAGUGUGGGCUCUGAUGCCUGUGCCUUAUGUCCUGACCUUCUUCUUAGGUGGGUUUUUCUUUGCCAGGCCAAUGAGGGAGAACAGAUAUGUGACAAUGAUGGACCCCUUCCAGCAGAAGUACGGGAACGUUAUGAGCAGUUUGCUGAUCCUUCCCGCUCUGGUGGCCGAUGUUCUAUGGGUGGCGCGCACACUCGUCAGCCUGGGUGGAACAAUGAGUGUGAUCUUGGACCUACCCUACGUCUACUCCAUCAUCAUCUCCUCAGUGGUGGCCAUGGUCUACACACUGAUGGGGGGGCUCUACUCUGUGGCCUACACAGAUGUAAUCCAGCUCAUCCUCAUCUUUGUCAGUCUGUGGGUGUGUGUCCCUUUCCUGAUGACAAAUCCUCACUCUUUGGACAUCUCACUGACAGCCUACAACCAGACCUUCCAGGCUCCCUGGGUUGGCACGGUGGAGCUUGAUCAGGCCGGAAAGUGGUUUGAUGACUUCAUGCUGCUGGCUCUGGGUGGUCUUGCCUACCAGGCGUUCUACCAACGAAUCCUGUCCGCCUCAUCUUACACCCAGGCUCAAGUGACCUGCUUCGCCUCUUCAGGCUUCUGCCUGGUGCUUGGUAUCCCUUCCAUUCUGGUGGGGGCUGUGGCUGCGUCUACAGACUGGAACUCAACCGCCUAUGGAUUGCCCACCCCAUAUGAUCGCGACCAGGCAGGUUCCAUCCUCCCCAUCGCCCUGCAGUACCUCACACCCCCAUACAUCUCCAUCAUUGGCAUUGGAGCAGUAGCUGCUGCCGUCAUGUCUUCCAUGGACUCAGCUCUUCUGUCCUCCGCAUCAUUGUUUUCCUCAAAUAUCUACAAGAACAUCCUCAGAAAACAGGCGUCGGACCGUGAGAUGCAGUGGGUGAUCCGUAUCUCGGUGGUGGUGGUGGGUCUGGCCGGCACUGGCCUCACCUUUCUGGACACCAGCGUCCUGGUCUUCUGGCUGGUGGGCGUAGAUAUGUCCUACACCAUCAUGUUCCCACAGCUGGUCUGCGUCCUCUUCUUCAAGGUGUCGAAUGCAUAUGGAGCCCUCAUUGGCUUCAUGAUGGGAAUCAUCUUAAGGUUCAUGAGUGGUGAGCCCCUCAUUGGCCUCCCUCCUCUCAUCGAGUUCCCCGGCUGCCGACCGGACGCUGAAGGAAGGCUAACCCAGUACUUCCCCUUUCGCACAGCUAUCAUGAUUUUGUCGCUAUUAUCCAUCCUGCUCUUCUCCUGGCUUGCAGCCAUCAUCAUCAACAAAGGUCUGGUGCCCGAGAAAUGGGAUGUAUUCAAGAUCAAUCGCAAGCGAAAACCAUCAGCCGGAGCUGCUGAGGCCGAGAAGGCCAAGCAGGCUAAGGAAGAAGUCUAUGAGGCAAAGCAGCUACUGGACAAUACCACCAGUUUCUGAACUGGCUAACGAGGACGGAGAGAGGAUGGGCAUAGGCUGAAGGCGGACAUGUUUGUGCGCCUGCUAAGCAGGAGGGGGAACAACAACAAAGGCUAGACAAUAUGUACACAUUGUGUGCAGUAUAACAGUGAAUAUGCGAUGACAUUUACAUUAGUAGAGGUUGAUCUGAGCACCUUAUUUCAUUAGUUGCCUUAUUGUCUUGUACAGAGAACACAGUAAAACUAGGCUCUGAUUUGUUCAGUUCAUCGCGCUGCGGCAACACAAAAGACAGAGUCAACCCAACAAAUUAUAAUAGAUUUCAAUUCUUAAACAAAAGAACACAACAAGCCACCUGCCUCUGUAUUUACUGAAUUAUCAUGAAUCAGUUUGACUCGAGUGUGACCGCCAGGGAACGCUGUACUGUACUGAAAAGGUCUAGCCUCUUCCUCAGUUUGAAACUCUGUCCAAUCCAAAGAAAGUGAGUGCCCUCCGCACUGUUGCGGUGCAUUUUCUUUUAGAAAGAUGUAUUAUUAUUUACCCAUUUAUUUGAAUGUGACUAAAUAUAUCUACCUUUCUCUAGCUCGAGCUCGACUUAACAGCACCUUGGAUUCUUCUUUACUUAGUUAGUAUUAUAUUUUCAAUAUUUACCACCUAAAAUGAUAUACACAAGUUUAGUUUAUUUACACUCAUUUUAGGCACAUCUCUUUCGCAGCAGUUCAUACUCCUAAAAAGUGCUUCUCAAUAUUUGUAAAAAUGCAUCUAUGCAGGGAGAGGAUAACCAUAUGUUACAUUAUAAGAUAUAUUUAAACUUUUCGAGCAACUUUUACCUCCAUCCCUCAAAUGCUACUCCAUAGACACCAGCAAGUUUAAGAAUGUAGUUUUUGAACUGCACAGGUAUGGAUUAAAUAGAACCCCCCUGCCUGACCGCUGAACUGCCCCGCAGUGCAAAUGCUGUCGACCUUGCCCUGCAAGAAAUACCUAUAAUUAAAAACAGCAACCAAACACAUAGACGAAAGUGACCCAAGAUCUUCUUAUAAUUAUUUAUAUUAAUAAUAAUACCUGUUUUGCCAGAAAUGUACCUCACUUUUCUCCUCCUGAAGUUUCUUCUCCGUCUUUUAGUACGUGUGGAGGGAUGUGCCUUUUAGUUUGUCCAUGACUUUGUAAUCUAUUGGGUUUUUUUUCUUUUAAAGCUGUAGUUUACAGUGGGAUCAUAUUAUUUUUCUGAGGUGGUGAAAAUAUUUGCAGCUUUUAUCCUGAAAAUGUACAUUAAUGUUUCCCAAUAGUACAAAUUGAACUGACUUUAAAUGAUUGAGUUUUGUUAAAGAGCAAAUUGUUCAAAGACACUCGUGUUUAUUCAUGUAUUGUUCUGUUUUACUGAGCAUACAUUGUGGCCUGCAGUCAGAGGGCCUGUUGCUCAAAAUAUCACUGGAAGCUGCUUUCGAUUGGCUGUCAGUGGCCUAUACUGGUCGUCCUAAAAGGGGUGUAUACUCUUGUCACUAUGCAAAUGCCUCAUGGAGUGGUUAUGUUGGCUCUAAGUAUACAAAACGUUAACCUAUUAUUCUGACUUCUAUCCUAAGCAUACGGUAUGAAUGCCAUUUCCAAAAACUGAUUGCACAGAACGAACUGUUCUAAAAAAGGACGCAUUCAGACACGAUGCAUCCAUGUUUUUCUGCGUGAUUGUGAUUUCUACCUGUCUUAUUAACUGUACAGUUUAAUCAUGAUAUGUAUAUUACACAUUACAUGUUGUAUCAAAGUUGAUUGCAAAAACGUGUUUUAUUUUAAGUUAGCAACAUUUAAAAAGAAAAAAAUUAACUUCGAUUUUGCAGAACAUUACAUGUCAUUUUACCCUCAUAAUCUUCUAAAUCAAAAGGAGGCAGAUUUAUUUGUUUUACCAGUGAUUCUGAACAGUAUUUUCCAUGUCACAGGAGUAGCAUAUUACAAACGUCAUAGCCAUUUACAAUGCACACACCUACCUGACCGUUUCUCCUGACAUAAUGUGGAGAAAAAAAACAGCGGUUCUCAGCAAGCUUUAGUUGUAAGGAAUGACAAAGCCUUAUUAAUGAUGUGCAUGUGCUGUCUAUUGUCAUCUGUGCAUUUCAUUACAAUUUGUGGAGAAGUGUUUAUUAUAAAACUGAACAGUUUUAUAAUAAUGAAUAUAAAACUGAACAGUUGUAUAAUAAACCAUGAAUAGGUGGUGAGCUCUAUAUUGUAUUUUCCCCUAUUAUGUAUUUGGUUUUAUACUAUCAUGCAUGUUGAGUUUCAAUAACAGAGUUGUUUGUAUAUUGAACUUUGGUCAUGGCUGUUUUACCUUGCCACUUGGCAAGAUCCUACUUUGUAAUCCAUUAUUGUAAAUCCCCAUGGGGUGAUGUUCUGUCAGAAUAAAGGCUAAAACCAAA